GGUUGGUUCCUGCCUUUGAUUGCUUGACCUGUGUUGACUGGAAUUGUGCAUUUUGGUUGUGAAUUGAAGCACUCUUCCAGAAUUGAAAACAUUGUGUUAUAGAGUGACCAAUUAUUACCUUUUGAACGAAUCUGUACGUGAUCUAUCCAGACAGGAUAGAAUAACAUUUAUUUGUGGUGAUUGGUAAUUUUCUUGCAUUCUUUAUCAACUUUCUUAUUUAUUGUAGUUUAGAUUUGAUCAAUUAAACAAUUAUUGGUUGGAUAGCUGUGUGGUUAUAUUUGUUUAGGUAAUAAUGUAUACUUAAAUUUAUGAUAAAUUAUAGAACCUCUAUCUUACCCAAUUACCUUGUUUUGGUUUCAAACGGGCGAGGGCGCGUAUCGAACUUAUCCAGGCAGCUGUCCAGCAGUCCAAACGUGGUUUGGAUCCUACAGUUCUAAACAAAUAUUAAUUGGUCAAAGUCGUUUGGGAAUCGUUUCGUGGAUUUUGGUUAUCCUUCUUGAAAAUAUUUGGUCGUUUCCCUACAGUUCUAAACAAAUAUUACUUGGCCGAAAUCCUUUGGUAAUCGUUCACGGAUUUUCUGGAAAUAAUUGGUCGUGUCGCUUAUAAUGCCAGUUAAUCGUCGUCGGAGAUCAGGCUCAAAGUUCGUCGAUGUUAACGAAGAAUCCCCUAUCGUCAAGCAAGUACCUUUUGAUGUCCUUAAGGGUCAUGGUUCAGACUUAAAUAGGGUUAAUUAUCAUGGCAGUGAUUCUAGCCUUAAUUCGAUGUCAGAUGAUGUAAAAAUCUUAGUUUAAAGGAGGAGCAAAGGCCUGAAUUACUAGGAAAGAGCAUGUCGCCUAUAGUCCACGUUGUUGGCCCAGAGCUACCAAAGGUUGAAUUGAGUUAUUUCGAUGGAGAGCCAAGAGGUUAUUGGAAAUUUAUAAGGCAAUUUGAGACGUAUGUAGCGUCAAGAGUCACGGAUGAUAGCCAGCGCUUACUCUAUUUGAUACACUACUGUAAGGGCAAGGCUAAAACAGCUAUUGAAGGUUGCGUCAUGAUGGAGGCAUCCUCUGGCUAUAAAAGAGCAAGGGAGAUUUUAAAACGUUUUUUCGGACAGCCUCACGUAAUUGCUCGAGAAACACUAGAGGACUUAUUCAGUGCUGCGAAUUUUGAGUAUAUUGACGGGGACCAACUAUCAAAUUUGGCUAUUAAGAUGGAAAACUGUGCCAUGGUCUUGGAGCAGAUGAAUUAUACUUCUGAUCUAAAUUCCUUAGUUACCUUGGAAAGAAUAGUGAGACUCUUGCCGCAAUCUUUGCAAGCCCAGUGGGCGGACUGGGUGGAUAAAUUGACUGAAGAUAACAGGGAACCGACCUUCGACGAGCUCACUCAGUUUAUCGCAUCGCGUGCAAGAGUGGCUUGUAGUAGAUUUGGACGGUUAGCAAACCGUUCAAGAAAAGGACAUAACGUGAAGACGAACUGCCACGUGAAAUCGGUGCAAGGGAAUAGUUCGACGACGAAAACUAAAUGCAGUAUGUGUUCCUACGACCAUGCUAUUGAUAAAUGUCCACAGUUCUUAGCGCUUACAGUCCAAGACCGAUGGUCUCACGCUAAAAGCAAGGGUAUCUGUUUUGCUUGUCUUAGACAAGGACAUAAGAUUAAUGAAUGUAAGAUGACAAGGCUCUGUAACGUUGACAGUUGUAAGAAGAGUGUUAUGACCUUGGAUGUCUGACUUUUCGAUCACACGACUUAUCUACCAAUCCGAAUACGACUUAUACGAAUCUUCACACUAGGCCAACCAAUGACGUUCAACCGGUGUGGGCAGUCUAGCGUCCUUAUUGGUCCUAUGUCCUACGAGCCCUUCCACUUGAGUCCAGAACAAGAUACCAGCUUCCGAAUCAGAGCAGAUCAGACCAGAUCAUUUAUUUCAGACAUACUUGGUUUAUAUAUCAAUCAGACAAACCGCAACGUACCAUAAAAUAGGAAAUAAUAUUGUACACAAAUAAGCCCAAAAAGUGGCUGUGAAUGAGGGAGGCAGUAGUUAAUAAACUGAACAUAACUUAAGGACCGUAAAUCGUACAAUAAUAAAUUAUAGAUCAAAAUAAAGCUUAUUAUAAAAGGAAUAUAAAUAUCCAUAGUGUAAUUGUUGAGUAGUUAUACAAUAAGAAUAUUUAUAGAAUAUUAGUCCAUGAAUAGUCCUUGGAAUUUACCUGUAGUUUAAUCUUCACCGGAUAUAACACCUCCCCUUUUUUUUUGAAAAUUCCAACUUUAGAUUCUGAUUAAAAAAAAGAAUCAUAUGUGACUUUAAAUUCCUCAACAUUCUCCUCCUCCUCGAAAUAAUGUUGGGUCCUUAUGGCUCCAAAAUACAACUAGUAGGACUUUAUUUAAACCAUGUUUCUCGUAUUGACUGGAGAAGCCACUAAAAAUGACUAGAUGAUGAUGAACGACCUUUGACCUGAGUUCAUUAUUUUCAAAUUCAUUAUGAAUCUCGUUAGCAGAUAACGAGUCAUUAAGAAAGUCAACGUCUAACAGAAUUAAAUUAGAUUUUUGGCCAUCAUUCGACUCAGCUGACAUAUUUCCCUCAUUGUUAUAAGAAGUUUCAUCAAAAUCAUAUGCAUUAUUCUGAGAAUCAAUAUCUGGCACACUGUCAUUAGAAAUGGGAUAGGUUGACUCAAUAUAAAAUUCUGUCUUCCGGUGAUUUUGAGUAACAUCUGGUACAAUUUGGUUCAUCGUGUUGCUCCAGUUAUUUUCUGAAUACGAGUCACCAUAGCUUUCUCGACUAAUAGCACGUGGACCACAAUUUUGUUCUAGCUGGAGUUUAUUUUCAGAGCUAGACAGAACCAGUAGCGUUUCAUUCAAUUCUGGACUCUGGGCUUCAUCUACAGGAUCUGGUUCUUGAUCAUCUGGUAUUGUCACAACUUCAUGAGCAUUUAGAACAGUAUUUUCUUGCUGUGAGCCGGAUACGUUACAAAUAUUACGUUCUGAUUCAGGUAUAAGGGGAUGUGAAUCCUCCACAGGAUAUGCUUCUGAGUUGUCCAUUGCUGCACCAUUAUCUGCAACAUAAAUAGAUUCCUUAUUUUCUGGUUGAAUGAAAAGUCUGCCCAAAACUGUUUCAAAUAGUUGUUGUUGCAAGGCCAACAUCUUCUGCUGGUGCUGUAAUAUUAACCGCAACUGUUCGAAAGAAAUCGACAUUUUUUUUUUUUUGCCAAUAAUAUUAGCUCCAGAAAUCACCGGCAAUUAUACAGCUAAUUUAUUUCCAAAAUCUGAGUCACCACUUGUAUUAUUAUUAUUUAUUUGUUGCCAAAAUCCCCGUCGCCAAUUGUUAUGACCUUGCGUCUCCCAAUUAUUUUGUUUUUGCCAAAAUCCCCGUCGCCAAUUGUUAUGACCUUGAAGUUGAGGGUUCAAAACUUUUCUCCACCCCGUCGCCAAUUGUUAUGACCUUGAAGUUGAGGGUUCAAAACUUUUCUCCACCCCGUCGCCAAUUGUUAUGACCUUGGGUGUCUGGUUUUUCUGUCACACGACUUAUCUACCAAUCCGAAUACGACUUAUACGAAUCUUCACACUAGGCCAACCAAUGACGUUCAACCGGUGUGGGCAGUCUAGCGUCCUUAUUGGUCCUAUGUCCUACGAGCCCUUCCACUUGAGUCCAGAACAAGAUACCAGCUUCCGAAUCAGAGCAGAUCAGACCAGAUCAUUUAUUUCAGACAUACUUGGUUUAUAUAUCAAUCAGACAAACCGCAACGUACCAUAAAAUAGGAAAUAAUAUUGUACACAAAUAAGCCCAAAAAGUGGCUGUGAAUGAGGGAGGCAGUAGUUAAUAAACUGAACAUAACUUAAGGACCGUAAAUCGUACAAUAAUAAAUUAUAGAUCAAAAUAAAGCUUAUUAUAAAAGGAAUAUAAAUAUCCAUAGUGUAAUUGUUGAGUAGUUAUACAAUAAGAAUAUUUAUAGAAUAUUAGUCCAUGAAUAGUCCUUGGAAUUUACCUGUAGUUUAAUCUUCACCGGAUAUAACAAAGAGACAUCACGUUCUGCUGCACACUGACUCGACAGGCAACGUCGUAAAUGAUAAGCCAUCAUGCUCGGAAUAUAGGAAAAGAGUUGUUAAUCAUAUCAGUAAGGUACAGACACUGGAGAACGAAAUACGUAAGCUUUAUGAUGAGUUUUCAGAUGCUUAUUCAAGUGAUAAAUCAUUAUCAGUAGACGACAAGGGGGCUAUAAAGAUUGUGGAAGGGGGCACGCACUUCGGCGACGGUCAUUUUGUAGUUUCUAUACCGUGGAAAAAGAAUCCAAAUAUGAAAGUGGAUAAUUAUGAAGUAGCAAACCGUAGAUUACAAAGUUUGAAAGGUAUGUUGUCGAAGGACGUCAGCCUGAACAUCAGGUACAUCAAAAGUAUUGAAAGUAAUUUUACUAAGACUUAUGCGGAGAGGGUCCUUGAAAUAUAUUUGCAGCCUAAUUAUCGCCCUCGAGGGUAUUUACCUCAUCAUGCAGUGUUGAACAUGAAAAAACCAGAGGAACUUAGAGUGGUCCUUGAUUGUGCCGCCGAGUUUGCAGGGUUUUCCACAAAUGAUAUGAUUUAUCAAGAACCCGAUACCACUGAUGAGUUAAUGUGUAUAUUAUUAAGUUUUCGCAAGGAGGCAGUUACAAUCCCUGCAGAUGUUGAAGAAGUGUUCAUGCAAUUGGUCUCUGAGUCUGAUCGAGGAGCUUCAAGAUUUCUGUGGUGGCAGGAGGGAGACAUGUCGAGGGAACCAUCUGAGUUUCAAAUGACAUCUCAUCCAUUUAGUGCCAUAUCAUCGCCGUUUCGUGCGAACUUUACCUUGAAUAAGACGGCUCAAAUAUUCUCUGACGGUUAUGAUGGUUAUGUUGUAGAUGCUGUCAAGAAUAAUUUCUAUGUUAAUGAUUGCUUGAUAUCCAUUCCCAAUUGUGAUCAAGCAAAGAGUUUCGUUAAGCAUAUAAGUGAAUUAUUAUGUAGAGGAAGUAUGCAAAAAAUGAUCGAUCUUGAAUAUUGGUUCAAAUGUCCUACUUUAUUGCAUGGCAAAUUUUAUAUAACAAUCACUGACUGCCCGGAACCUACUCCUGACGAUAUUGAGUUUAGAAAAAUUGCUGUGGUUAACUUGAGUAGUAUAAAGCAAAACAUGUCACCUAUUCUCUCUUAUAAAUCCGAGUGGUUGAAAUUAGUAGGGGCCGUAGCCUGGCUUAGAAGGUUCAUAGAAUUUCUGAUGGUGCUUCGUUCACCGAGUCAUGAAGGAUCCGUUCAUCUAGGAUGUUUAAAGGUCAAGGAGCCUGACAUCACCAAGGGUAAGAAUUUAUUGAUGGUUCAAAAGGAAGUGUGUGGAGAAUUAUUUAGUGAAUUUAGAAACAGAAGUAAAGUAGUAAGUCAUAAUGAUCUGAAAGGUUUAUCACCGAUAAUGCUUGAUGGGUUACUCUGUGUUACAGGUCGUCUAAGCUACUCAAAAUUAUUCAAUGCUUUUGAACGUCCAGUAAUUUUACCCAGUCGACACUUAGUGACGGAAACGAUAAUUAGACAUUGUCAUAAAGAACCAGGACACAUAGGAAGGUCAUUAGAAAAAGGAUAUAGAUAUGUGUUUACUUGUUUGCAAACAUGGGCAAUACAUAUUGAACUGAUGUAUAGUUUGAUUACUGGUUCAUUUAUAAUGGCCUUAUUACGUUUUAUUGGAAGAAGAAGGAAACCUCCGGAGAUUUACAGUGAUAGUGCGUCAAGCUUCAGGGGAGCAGAUUCUGAAUUAAGGAGGUUUGUGCAACAUUCGAAUCAGCAGAAGAUAAAUAUUGAAUUGUCAGCGAGGUCCUCAUCCAACAGCAUGGGUGUAAUUUGGGGAAUAGUGAUUAGGUCUAUACCAAGACUGUUAUUGUUGAUCACGAGAGAACAGGAGAAGUAGGUCUCCUUGAAGCUUUGGAUUAGUCUUUGUUGUUAUUGAUGUAGUUAGGUCGAGUAGGCGUACUGUUGUAAGUCCUACUCGUUCCUAUGGUGUGAUAUGUUAUAUAAUGAACCAUGACCGUAGGCAUCAAGGUAGCUUGUGUGAUAUGGAGGGAUUUUGGGGGCCGGUGUAAGAUCCAUUUUGAAUGCCUUGUGUGUUUGUGAAAAUCCCUCCAUGUAUAUACUUGCACUUUGUUCCUAUUGAUCUUCUUAGUUGUACAUUGUUAACUUUUGGACUACAUUUGAAUUGUUAAUCUUUGUAUUUUAUUAUAGUUUUUGUUUUUACCACACCUUCACUAAUUCCCCAUGUUUCUUCCCGAACUGCACUUAUGUUGUUUUACUUUAUACUAAGUCUGAGCGGCAGUCAUUUUGGUUGGUUCCUGCCUUUGAUUGCUUGACCUGUGUUGACUGGAAUUGUGCAUUUUGGUUGUGAAUUGAAGCACUCUUCCAGAAUUGAAAACAUUGUGUUAUAGAGUGACCAAUUAUUACCUUUUGAACGAAUCUGUACGUGAUCUAUCCAGACAGGAUAGAAUAACAUUUAUUUGUGGUGAUUGGUAAUUUUCUUGCAUUCUUUAUCAACUUUCUUAUUUAUUGUAGUUUAGAUUUGAUCAAUUAAACAAUUAUUGGUUGGAUAGCUGUGUGGUUAUAUUUGUUUAGGUAAUAAUGUAUACUUAAAUUUAUGAUAAAUUAUAGAACCUCUAUCUUACCCAA